AUGAUUUCAUGCAAAGAAGUUUUUAGGUUUAUCCUCUCAGCUUCUGCUUCUUUUCCUCUCUCCAAGGCCGAGUUUUGGUCCUCUGUCGCUGUGCGGAUAAAAAAAGCCGAUUAAAGAAGACGACUGUGCGGCGGCGGUGGAGCCACCCAGAAAUUAGUGUUGUCGUAAACGCUAAGCCAUGGACCUGCUGGGGAGUUCUUGGGCCCGGGGGUCGUCUCUCCAUCUCGCGAAUGAGCAAGUCGUCGCCGCCGCCGUCCCAUCGUGGGUCGGUUCCCACAGGAGAUGCGACCGCCACCGGGGUGAGGGUUAAAAGGUGGAGGGGAGAUGGCACAGUGACUUUUGGUCCUGUCCUCGUCGUCCCCGUCACCCGGUGACCUCUCUAAGAGGAGCCGCUACAGGUGGUGGGCGCAGCGGGGCAGCCCCCUCCUCCCCUCCCUUCGAGCGAGCACGUGACUCCACGCCUCCACUCUCUCUCUCAUCUCGACUAGGGAAGCUGGCGUGGUUCCUCGGACGGAUAGCGGCAGCAUCAUCCAGAAAAUCCUCUUUCAGCUGAGGUUCGGGGAGGAGAGGAGGAUAUGGGCACCAUCUCCCGUCUCACGGUAAGCUGCUACCCGUCUGGCUGGGCCGGCUCGCCUUCUCCCUCCCUCUGUUCCGCCGCUGCUGCUGCCGUCCUCGUCGAUGGUCGUCGGGAAUUCAGUCUUUGUUUGCUGCUGUUGCGAUUUCUAGUCGUCGUUCUCAGAUUUCGAGUCGCCGGGGGCAUUAGAUUUGGAACCCUGAUUAUUCCCGCCCUCUUCCUCCUCCUCCCUGGUUCUUUCCGUCGGUAUUGUUUCUCUAUGGUCUCUCGCAAUCCUCGGGUUGUAUGCCCUCAAAUCUUCCUGCAAACUCUGUGGUUUGGAAGAUUUGGGGGUUAGAUUUGAGCCCGGAUACUUCAUUCUCCGAUUGCAGAGGCUGAUUUCUUGACAGAUCUGAGAAACUCACGAGCCCGAACGCUGUCCUGUAUGCUGUAUGCUUUAUGCUACCCACUGAAUUUGGUCGUCGUACUGAAAAACCCUUUCCUUUUUGACCAGUUGUCUCUCAAGAACAGAUCAAAUUGAAUGUAUUGAUGCCGUUGGCUUGCCGACGCUCGAGCCCUUGAAAAUAUAAUACAGAAGAAGGGCUCCCCUGACGAUUGCCCGCCCGGCGGUGCUGUCUUACUUUCAGGUCAGCCAGCCAUGGAAGGCCGGCUUAGGCUUAAGCCUCCCCUCCACCGGGGCGGACAGGCGGGUCUUUGCUUUCAAGGGCACGAGCAACGAAUUCCUCGGUCUCCGGAUUUCAGCGGGGUCGGGACGCUGCCAGAUUGGUCAGCGAUGGAGCUUCAUGGGCGGGGCGAGAGCCGUUCUCCAGCGGCAAGCUCUGAGCUUCACCCCUUGCAGGAAGACCCUCUUCUGCCCAUCAGCUUCCUGUAAAUCCUCCGGACACCCCCCCCCCCCUUCCGUCCGUCUUCUGUCCAUUACUCCCGCAUCUCCAUCUCCAUUCUUCUGCUCGCAUCUCCUUCUCUGUAUCAAGCUCGGAGAGAAUUGAAAAUCCGUCCUUGUUCUUCCUCCUCAUCUGUGCGAAGCUGUUUCUUAAAAGAUCCCUUCCCCUGGGCGCAAUGAUCCACUGAAUCCAUGACGGGCCGCGCCCGCGAUGUUGACGCUGCAGGGCUCCCGGGUCCUGAGAUCGCCGGCAGCGCUUUCACCGCCGGAACAGUCGCGGUGCUGCCCUUCUACGCUCUCAUGGUUCUGGCCCCCCACGCCAAGCUGGUCGGUCUGCCCCUUCCAUCCCACUGAAUGCAGAGUGCAGAGUGCAGAGAGAGAGGGGGGAGCAUGGAAACCUAACGCCGCCAUCUUCGUCAGAGUUCAUCUUCUGCUCAUCUUCGUGGGUGUUCUCCGCGCAGACCAAGAGGAGCAUGGAGAGCGGCUUGCCCUACGUGGCCCUCGGCGCGGCAUACGCGUUCCUCCUCUACCUCUCCUGGACGGCCGACACCAUGAGGCUGAUGUUCUCCAGCAAGUACUGGCUGCCAGAGGUUCACAUUACAUCAUCUUGUCCUCUUCUUCUUCUUCUUCUACCUAACCCUCCUCAUCAUCCGUCUUCUUCUGCGGCUGAGAGAUCUCGCCUUGCCUCUUUGUUGUGGUUCAGCUGUCGAGCAUAACGAGGAUGUUCUCGAACGAGUUGACCAUGGCCUCCGCCUGGCUGCACCUGCUGCUGGUUGACUUGUUCGCUGCCAGGUGCCCGCCUCUUUUACCCAUACUCUGACCUCAUCCCCCGCAACCACCCGGGGUGGGAAGGUUGACUAAGAGUUCGCUUAUCUGGUUGGUAUUCCCAGGCAGAUAUUCCACGACGGGCUGGAGCACAAGGUGGAGACCCGGCACUCCGUCUUGCUGUGCCUCUUCUUCUGCCCCAUCGGCAUUGCCGCCCACCUCAUCACCAAGCUGCUGACGAGGAUGGCUCGGCUUCGAUUGAUGCCCCAGGCCCAGGAAUAA